UAUACUUUAUCUGUCAUCUUCCUCACCCUCACACUUCUUCCAAAUCCCCAAAUCCAUCGUUCUAGGGUUUUCAGAGCCCCAAUUUCCCCUUCAGUUUCUUCAAUCACCCACCAUCUUCAUCUCCAAAUUGCAAUUGAAUCCCGUCCAAUCACUGGGUUAUCGCGCGAUCGCGUUUUCUCUCAUGUUUUCCGUUUGGUAGCUCACCAACACUGCGAUUCGGUGACCGGAGAAAAGGUGGAAAUCACAUACAAUCUUCAAGAUAUUUUUCAUCCAAGGGAGUUUACAAUGUUGGCUUCUAAAGAUAUUAUGAAAUUCAAAUCAUACCAGAACCAGGCUAAUUUGUUCGUGAAGGAAUAUUUGUUAGCAGACCCUCUAAUUCCAUAUACUUCCAUUGUUGGUGGCAUUUUUGCUUGCAAGAUGGUCUAUGAUCUUACUCAGCUUUUUAGCACUAUUCACUUUAAGAGCUAUUCUAGCCUCACUAAAAUCCAACGUAUUGAGUGGAAUAACCGUGCUAUAUCAACUAUACAUGCCAUUUUUAUAACAACUAUGUCAUUGUACUUCGUGUUCUGCUCAAAUUUAUAUUCUGACAGCGAGUCGGCUGAACUAAUUACGGUUCGAAGCUCUUCAUUGUCUACAUUUGCUCUGGGGGUUUCUGUUGGUUACUUCAUUGCUGACCUUGCGAUGAUAUUUUGGUUUUUUCCUUCUCUUGGUGGAUAUGAGUAUGUGAUUCACCAUCUAUUUUCUUUAGUAGCAGUAGCCUAUUCAAUGUUGAGCGGGGAGGGGCAGCUAUACACAUAUAUGGUACUGAUCUCUGAGACAACAACUCCCGGGAUCAAUUUAAGAUGGUAUCUUGAUGCAGCUGGAAUGAAAAGGUCAAAAGCUUAUCUCAUCAAUGGGGUUGUAAUAUUCAUCGCUUGGCUGGUUGCGAGAAUACUUUUGUUCGUUUACAUGUUUUGCCAUGCUUACUUGCACUUUGAUCAGGUUCAGCACAUGCACACCUUUGGGCAAAUAUUGGUGAUUGUUGUGCCAUUGGCGCUAUCAGUCAUGAACUUAAUUUGGUUUUCAAAGAUUAUCAAAGGGAUGAUGAAAAUGCUGGCGAAGAGGCAGUAAAUGUUAUGGAUAGUAAAAAUUUUGAGGAAAAUGAAAUGAAAUAUAGGUCACCCUGUUGAUAUCCAGCUCUGCCCUCUCUGGUUUAGGUAAAAAUAUAAAUGUGUAUUAAAAGAUGUAACAGGAGAGAAAAGAAUAUGUUUGGAUCCCUUGUAGAUCUGAACUCAUAUUGUACAAAAUAUGUUAUAGAUCUGCUUUUUUAUAUCCUUAUUCAUGUACAUUUAUCAGUUCA